AUGCAUCUCAUACUCACUGGAGCGACGGGCCUGGUCGGCUCUGGCGUACUCGACGCCAUGAUCAAGAUGAAAGAUGUCACCAAGAUAUCAGUACUAAGCCGAAGACCAAUCCCAAUGGCGGAGGACGUGAAAGACCCACGGGUCAAUGUUAUCAUCCAUAAGGACUUCGAAAAGUAUGACUCCGAUCUCCUCAACAAGGUCAAUGGAGCAAUCAUUAACAACCUGUCAAGGGAAUAUAUCAAAAUCACAAAAGACUUCACCCUGCGCGCAGCAGAAGCAUUCCAGACCCUCGGCUCAGAAGAACAGCCCUUUAACUUCGUCUUCGUGUCGGGCGAGGGGACAACACACAACCCAGGGCGCUUCACGCCCAUCUUCGGGCGCGUCAAGGGCGAGACGGAGAAGGCCUUGGCCGAGAUGCGCAAGGCCAACCCCAGCUUCCACGCGUCUUCGAUCCGCCCCGCCUUCGUCGACGCCGCCCAUCACGAUGCCAUCAAGCCGUACAUCCCGGCUCAAGGCCUGGCGAGGGACGCUAUGCUGGCGGUGCUGGGCCCGCCGGUGAGGGCUUUCCUCAAGGGCAGCUGGAGCCCCACGCUGCCCAUGGGACGGUUCAUGACGGAGAUGGCUAUGGGAAAGUUCGACACCCAGAUGAGGGCUGGUGGGCCGGCGAUUGAGAAGAUUGGGGAGUUCCCUGUGCUUGGAAAUUCUGCCUUUAGGAGACUGGCUGGGCUUGACGGUGACAAGAAGUGA